GCGGCGCCGCGGCAGAUGGGGCUCAAGGCGCGCAGGGCGGCGGGCGCGGGCGGCGCGGGCGGCGCGGGCGGCGGGGCGGCUGACCCCGGGGGGGACGCGGCGGCCGCCGGCGACGAGGAGCGCAGAGCGGGGCUGGCGCCCGGCGACGGGGAGCAAGUCACCUUGGCGCUCGGGGCCGGCGCCGACAAGGACGGGACCCUGCUGCUGGAGGGCGGCGGCCGCGACGAGGGGCAGCGCCGGACCCCGCAGGGCCUCGGGCUCCUGGCGAAGACGCCGCUGAGCCGCCCGGCCAAGCGGAACCACGCCAGGUACCGGCGCGUCCAAACUUUGAUCUACGACGCCCUGGAGAGGCCGCGGGGCUGGGCGCUCCUCUACCACGCGCUGGUGUUCCUCAUUGUCCUGGGAUGCUUGAUCCUGGCUGUCCUGACCACGUUCAAGGAGUACGAGACCGUUUCGGGAGACUGGCUUCUGUUACUGGAGACAUUCGCUAUUUUCAUCUUUGGAGCCGAGUUUGCUCUGAGAAUCUGGGCCGCCGGGUGUUGCUGCCGAUACAAAGGCUGGCGAGGAAGGCUGAAAUUUGCCAGGAAGCCCCUGUGCAUGCUGGACAUCUUCGUGCUGAUUGCCUCGGUGCCCGUGGUUGCCGUGGGAAACCAGGGCAAUGUCUUGGCCACCUCCCUGCGGAGCCUGCGCUUUCUGCAGAUCCUGCGCAUGCUGCGGAUGGACCGGAGGGGCGGCACCUGGAAGCUCCUGGGCUCAGCCAUCUGUGCCCACAGCAAAGAGCUGAUCACUGCCUGGUACAUCGGGUUCCUGACGCUCAUCCUUUCUUCGUUUCUUGUCUACCUGGUGGAGAAAGAUGUGCCAGAGGUGGAUGCACAGGGAGAGGAGAUGAAGGAGGAGUUUGAGACCUAUGCAGACGCCCUUUGGUGGGGCCUGAUCACGCUGGCCACCAUUGGCUACGGCGACAAGACGCCCAAGACCUGGGAAGGCCGUCUGAUCGCAGCCACCUUUUCCUUAAUCGGCGUCUCCUUUUUCGCCCUCCCAGCGGGCAUCCUGGGGUCCGGGCUGGCACUCAAGGUGCAGGAGCAGCACCGUCAGAAGCACUUUGAGAAAAGGAGAAAGCCAGCUGCUGAGCUUAUUCAGGCUGCCUGGAGGUACUAUGCUACCAACCCCAACAGGCUGGACCUCGUGGCGACGUGGAGGUUCUAUGAAUCAAUCGUCUCCUUUCCAUUCUUCAGGAAAGAACAACUGGAAACAGCCACCAGCCAAAAGCUGGGUCUCUUGGAUCGGGUUCGCCUUUCUAAUCCUCGUGGUAGCAAUACUAAAGGAAAGCUAUUUACCCCUCUGAAUGUAGAUGCCAUAGAAGAAAGUCCUUCUAAAGAACCAAAGCCUGUUGGCUUAAACAAUAAAGAACGCUUCCGCACGGCCUUCCGCAUGAAAGCCUACGCUUUCUGGCAGAGUUCUGAAGAUGCUGGGACAGGCGAGCCCAUGGGGGACGACAGGGGCUAUGGAAACGACUUCCUCAUGGAAGACAUGAUCCCCACCCUGAAGGCCGCCAUCCGAGCUGUCAGAAUUCUACAAUUCCGUCUCUAUAAAAAAAAAUUCAAGGAGACAUUGAGGCCUUACGACGUGAAGGACGUGAUUGAGCAGUAUUCUGCAGGCCACCUCGACAUGCUUUCCAGGAUAAAGUACCUUCAGACAAGAAUAGAUAUGAUCUUCACCCCUGGGCCGCCUUCUACUCCGAAGCAUAGGAAGUCUCAGAAAGGCCCGGCGUUCACCUACCCGGCCCAGCAGUCUCCCAGGAACGAACCCUACGUGGCCAGGCCGUCUACAUCCGAGAUGGAAGACCAAAGCAUGAUGGGGAAGUUUGUGAAAGUCGAAAGACAGGUGCACGACAUGGGGAAGAAGCUGGACUUCCUGGUGGACAUGCACAUGCAGCACCUGGAGCGGCUGCAGGUGCAAGUCACGGAGUUCGGCCCCGCCAAGGGGGCCUCCUCUCCAGCCGAGGUGGGGAAGCAAGAGGACCGUCGGGACUCGGGCUUGAGGACCAUCCUCUGCCACUAUUCUGAGGCAGGCCCCCCCGAGGCCCCCUACAGCUUCCACCAGGUGCCCAUCGACAAAGUCGGCCCCUAUGGGUUUUUUGCCCACGACCCCGUGAACCUGCCCCACGGGGGCCCCAGCGCCGGGAAGGUUCAGGGGACCGUCUCCUCCUCGGCGCCAUAUGCAGAGAGGCCCACCGUCCUGCCUAUCUUGACGCUUCUCGACUCGAGAAUGAGCUACGGCUCCCCGGCCGAGCCGCCCGGCCCCGGCCAGGCCCGGGUGUCCCCCCGGCAGAGACCCAGCGUCACGCGGGACAGCGACACGCCCCUGUCCCUGAUGUCCGUCAACCACGAGGAGCUGGAGCGCUCGCCCAGCGGCUUCAGCAUCUCCCAGGACAGAGAUGACUACCUGUUCGGCCCCAGCGGGGGGUCGAGCUGGAUGAGGGAAAAAAGGUACCUCGCGGAGGGGGAGACAGACACGGACACCGACCCCUUCACGCCCAGCGGCUCCAUGCCGCUGUCGUCCACAGGGGAGGGCAUCUCUGAUUCCAUAUGGACCCCUUCCAGCAAGCCCAUGUGAAAGGGGCCGUGGACUGACUGCUCCUGGCAGUGUAGACAGACUCUGUACAGCUCCUGGCUCUCGCCCGAUGCAUCCCCCGAGCCCCGGGCUGCCCGAGCGCCUGCAUGUGCUGGCCCCGGGGCGCGGCCUCUCCCCACGCCGCUCGCGGAAGCCGCUUCUUUUCAGCAUGGUUUGCAUGACUUACACUAUAUAAAUGGUACCGCUACUCUCUUCUAGG